AUGCACACCCCGCCACGGAACGAUCGGUCACCUAAUUCGCUGCCAUUUACGGAAGCUGUCAUGCAGGCCCCAAUGCUGGACAGACCUUCUCCACCGAUAGAGAGAUUUGACGGUACUUCAGACCCGGAACAUCACCUCAGAAAUUUCAUCGACUCUAUGGCUUACUAUUCCAAGAGUGAUCCAGUCAAAUGUAUAGCUUUCUCCCAAUCCUUAAAAGGAGAAGCCCUGGAGUGGUACUACAGCCUUCCCCCUAACACGAUAGAUAGCUUCGGCAUGGUCAUGACCCUAUUCAGGAAACAUUACGGUACCAACAGGAAAGACAGAGUAACCGCUGCAGAACUUGUAAACCUUAAACAAGAGAAAGAUGAAUCCCUCCGAUCAUUCAUGCAGAGAUACAACGAAACUGCUAGGCGAGUGAAAGACGUCAACGAGCAGUUCAUCAUUAGCAAUUUGCCCAAUUCUCUAAAGUCGAGAUACGUAUCGGAACAUUUAUAUGCUAGGCUGCCCAAUUCGAUGGAGGAGCUCCAGGAGAGAAUGACUGAGUUCAUUCGAAUGAAGGAUCAGAGAUAUGGCAGAAGGAAGCCCCAGAAAGAAGCCCUUAGUAAUGGGAGUAAAAAAGAAAGUAGACAGGUUAGUGAAGGAGACCGAAGGCCUCUUAGACGAGAUUUACCCCUUGGUCCUCGGUAUGAUCAUUAUGCACGCCUAAAUGCGCCUUUGGCAAAGUUGUUUAAGGAGGCCCUGAGCGCUGAACUCCUUAACGUGCGAAAGCGACCCACGCCCCACACCGUUUAA